AUGGACGCCGUGUACGGCUUACUUUCGGGCAGCUGGCUGCUCGGCACCCCCAAGGCGCCGCCAAAACCGGAGGCAGUAGAUGACGUGGACAAGCCAGUGCCGGAGGAAUGGAGGUCCAAGUAUCCCUUCAGAAGCGACGAUCCCACGGAGCAGCGCCUGAAGCAGCUGCUAGAAGCGUACGAGGAGUCCAGCAGAGAGGUGAGGAGUGGUUCAGCGAGUCUUCUAAAAUUCAAAACUUGCGCGUCAGCUUUCACUGCUCCUGUUCCCCCCUCCUCCACCCCCUCUCCCCCUUCCCUCCAAUCGCUCCCUCUGCGCGCGGCGCGCGGGCAGGGCGCGUCAGCGGCGGCGAGCGCGACGCUGCUGGUGUUCCUGUCGGCGCUCGUCGAGGCGUACGCCGACUGGUUCCCGCCGGAACCGGACCCCGACGCGCACGGCCGCGCCGAUGACGCGCACGACGACGCGCACGGGGGCGACGGCGCGGAGGGCGAGGGGGAGGCGGGCGGGCAGCGGCUGGGGCACCCGCUGGAAGUGGUGCGGUGCGUGGCGCGCCAGCUGGCAGAGUUUGCACGCGUGGCAAAAUCACGAGGGCCAUCUGCGUCUGCAGAAAACCAAUCGGCCAAUCAAGACGCGCCAGGUGGCAGCGCAUCAGAGGGGCAGAGCCGGUCGGCGGUGGGCAGCACGACGCUGUGGAUCGCGUCGCUUGCCAUGGGCGCGGGCAGGGGGGCGGGGGAGGGCGCAGGGGGCGCGGGGGAGGCGGGGGACGCGGAGGAGGAGGCGGCGGCGUGGGACCGCACGAUGCUGGCGCUGAGAGCGGCGUCCAUCAUCUCGCGCAGCGCCCACAACCGCAAGCUGCUCGCCUUCUUCCGCUCCGUCUCCGCCGCCAUCCACAUCCUCUCCGGCAUAUCAGCGGACCUGCGGGUGGCAGCGGCGCCCAUUAUCUCCACGCCCAUGCCCUCGCCGCACCCCGACCCCCCUCGCACCACACCGGGGAGGAGCAUCACCACCACCAGCACUAGCAGCAACAGCCGGGGGGGGGGCAGUGCGUGGGGGGCAGAGUUUGGAGUGAGGCAGGCAGGGGGCGAGCGGGACGGGGAUGCCACCUCAACGGCAGCAGCUGGUGCAGGCAGUGUGGGAAGGGAGGGGAGUGGAGCAGCGGGGGCAGCUGGGGCAGGGGGGGCAGCGGGGACAGCGGGGACAGCGGGGGGGUGGUUGAGUGGGGAGCGGCGCAGUGUGCUGGUGGGUGUGCUGCUGAGCUGCGCCACCAACGCACUCGCCCUGCUCGCCAACUUCCUCGAUGCCGAGAUGCGCCAACUCGCCCACCACCAACCCCUCCCCCCUACCCACGCCCCCCCCUUCUCCUCCCUCGCUCAUUCCCCCGCCCGCGCCUCCCCCUCCCCCCGCAGUGGCGCCCCCUCUCCGGGACUCCUGACCUCCCCCUCUGCUCGCCUGAGGGGAUCUGGCAGGAGCAGCGGCAGGUGGGGGGGGCGGGGGCUGGGGUUUGGGGAGGAGCUGGCGGGGACGGCGUGGGGGGGCAAGGCGGGGGCGCGGGGGGCGGAGGGGGAGGAUGCGCUUGCUGGGGUGCGCGAGGUGCGCGCCAUCGUGGAGGCCGUGGAGACCAAGGGGCUGGCUGCCCUUCUCGGUGUGUGCUCAUGCCCCUGCAGCCCCUGCUCCUGGGGGGGAGGGAUGGGUACGAAGCGAGCCGCCCACUGCAUAGAGGCGGGCGGCACGCUGCUGCUGGCGCUGCAGGUGAUGCGGUCGGUGGUGUACGCGAGUGUGACCGCGCGCGCCUCCUUCAUCGCCUCUCAAGGCCUGCACCAUGCCCUCGACCUCAUCGCCUGGCCCUCGCACCUCCUGCACUGCCACCUGGAGCGAAUAAUGGAGUUGGAGAACGAUCUGUUUGAGGAGUUCAGCAUCCAGCUGCUCGCAUUCUCCGUCAUCCAGGAGGCCAUGUGCGUACUGCCACCCACUGCUGCCUUGCGCCCUCCCUCCUGCCCUGCACGCACCCUCCUGCCUCGCUGCACCCGCCCGCAAUCACAUUCUUCCUUCUCUUCGCUUCACUUGCCCUCCUGCUUCCUGUUCUCUCAAACACCUAUCUCUUGUCUUCUCGCCUUCUCCACUCCCUCCCUUUCUUCUUCAACCCUCAUUUCCCAUGGCCCUUCUCUCCUCCUGCCCUCCCCUCAGAUUCCUGAACGCAGCGGCACUGGAGAUGGUACGGGACCUACACGGCUUCCCGCGCUUCUCCGCCUUCCUGAUGUGGUGCUGCCGCCCUGGGCGCAGGGCAGUCCGGAGCUCUUCGUGCGUCUCAACCGGGAGGCCCUCGAGAGCGAGUGGGUCAGCUCAAACCUACACCGUUGGAUCGACCUCAUCUUCGGCUACCAGCAGCGCGGGUUGGCAGCUAUGGAGGCAGACAACGUGUUCUUCUACCUCACAUACGAGGGUGCAGUGGACAUGGAUGCUCUAGACGACCCCAUGGAUCGCGCUGCCAUAGAGGAGCAGAUCGCCGCCUUUGGCCAGACGCCCGCCCAGCUCUUCCGCCGCCCGCACGAGCCCCGCGGCCCGCCGCCCCGCGCCGCCCGCCCGCUGCUGCACCGGCCGGCGGCGCUUGGGCUUUCUGCUGUGGUGCCGGCGUGCCCCCCUGCUGGUGGUGCUGCGAGUGGUGGUGGGGGCGCGGGGGGGAGUGUGGGGGAGGUGCUGCGGCAGCAGUGGGAGGUGGGGGUGGUGUUUGUGGGCGUGGCGCAGGGGAGGGUGGUGACAGUAACGAGGGGGCAGUGCAUGGCGGCGCGGUUGUGGAACACGCCAUACAGCUCCGGAUACCAAGUGCUGGCUGCGGACGCGCCUUUCUCUUUGAGCGAGCCGCUCAUCUCUCGGCGCAUCGGGGCGCCCUUCGCCUCCACGAGUGGGGACGUGAGUCCGCACUGCUUCGCGCUGCUGCGCGGGGCCUCUUCGCCCUUCCUUCUGUGCGCCGCACACUGGGACUGCUCCACGCGCCUCGUGGCUGUCAGUGACGGCCGCACCCUGCAGGCCGUCAGGCAGCACACCGACGUUGUCACCUGCCUCUCUGCAUCAGAGGACGGCCUGUGGAUGGCGACAGGCAGUCGCGACACAACAGUGAUGGUGUGGCAUGUGGACCGCACACAGCCACGCCCCUCAGCUGACCCAGUGCUGCCCUGCAAGCCGCACCUGCUCCUCUGCGGCCACGACGACGUGGUCACACAGGUGCUCGCCUCCUCCCCGCUCGACCUGGUGCUCUCAGCCUCACUGGACGGCUCGCUGCUGCUGCACUCGCUCUCCUCGGGCCGCUUCAUCCGCUGCAUCCGCCACCCGCUGCGCCACGCCGUGCAGCGAAUGGCGGUCAGCCAGCUGGCGCUGGUGGCCGUGCACUCCGAUGCGGACGGCUGGCUGCGUGUGGCGUCCAUCAACGGCAAGUGGCUCGCUGCCGUUCCCACCGGACCCACUGCCACCACCACUGCUUCCACCACUGCCUCUUCUCCUGGUGUUGCUGCUGGUGGUGGUGCGGAGAUUCACAAAGAAGGUGCUGCAGGGGGUAGUUCCAGCAGCGGAGAGAAUAAAGCAGCUGCGAGUAGCAGUAGUGAAAGCAGUGGGAUGCCUGGGCCUGUGUCCCUUCCUGGCUCUGACUCCACUGGCAGUCAGCUAGUCCGAUCACCAACAGCAUCCGCACCACCAACGCCAGCAUCCCCAAGACAGGCAACAGCAGCAGCGGUGGCAUCCGAGGUGGACAGUGUGACGUGCAUGGCAGCGAGUGCGUGUGGCGAGUUCCUGCUGACAGCGGGGGCGGCGGGGCGGGUGACAGUACGGUCCUUCUUCACACUGGCCACAGUGGUGGUGUACGAGGGGGUGGGCGUGCCCGCGUGCUCCAUUGCCAUCACCAGUGAGGACGCCAUUCUCGUGGGGCUUGAGGAUGGUCGUCUGCUGCUCUACUCGCUGCGCGCCGAUGCCCUCACUGACUGA